AUUUUUGUUCGAUGAUCGGGUUGCCGCAUUCCAUUGCAUCUAUUGUCUCGCUCUUACUCGCUUGUUUAAUCUUGCUUUCUCACUUACUCUUUGUACAUUCCACUUGUUCCAUUCGUUCUGACAUUCAGACAUUCAUUCAAAAAUCAGCUGUCAAUUGAAUUCACUUCACUUCACUCACAUGCCAUUGUUUUGGUUUUGCUUGUAGGUAUCAAAGGCGUGUAAUAAUCGUACUUAUCAUACUGUUUUCCUUGAUACGCCCAGAAAUCCUCUAAACAUGUUUAAGUUUUUCAAGUAGAAUAAUGUGAAUAAGUGUAAUCUGAUUAUGGGAAAAUGUACAAUAUGUUAACGCCUGUCAAAGUAGGAACAGCUGAUUUCUGUUGGCAGAGGUGCAAUAAUAAAAUAGAAUAAAAAAACACCGCAAUAGUGAUUAAGUACUUAUCGAUUGUGAUUCUUGUUGUGAUAUGAUAUAGUUUUCAAAGUUUGCCAAAAUGCUUCAUUAUAUUCUGUUAAUAUUACACAUUUGUGCUUCUAUUAGCGCUGCAGAAGUCCAAGAAUCAACAUUUAUAAUAUCCUUAAACAACACAUAUUCAAACGAUGAGCUAUACAGCAGCAUAAUUGAUGUAAAAACCAAAUCUAAAAUCCACUUUCAAUUCACCGAUGUUAAUAAAAAUGUUUCCUUCAUUGUCUUUCAAAUGCAUAGUCAUCUUUACAAUAUUACUAUGCGGAAUGAAACUUGUUUCAACAAUAACAAGUCAAAUCGCACCUGUGAGAUAUUAACUGGUACGAAUAUUGGUUUAUUCAGCACAACGCCUAUAUCUGACAUGUCAGUGACUAAUUUGAAUGAAAAGGAUUUGAAAAUAUUGAUAGCGGUCCAUGGAUACAUUUAUGAUGAUCCAGUGCCCGGCGGUUGCAACCUAGAAGGCCCUAUAGAAAUACCGCCAUUCGUUUCAACAACUACAUCACCAUACAGAGACUACAUUAGCGUAACCGCUCCAGCGCCCAGCCCUAGCCUAGCUCCCGACAUGUGUGAACAGACUUUAUCAAGUUUAACGUUCUACAGAUUAUACUUGCCUGAAAGGGAUUUUAGUAUGGACUCGUACUUUGGAGGAAUCAAAGCUAUGAUGAGCUAUCCUAGUGCUUUGGAGUAUGGUGAAGAGGUACCCGAAACUCAUCGAUCGAACGUCCGCCGUACCAUGAGCGCGUACCCCGGCACGGGGGUAGUGUUCGUCGCAGUGGCACUGUUUAGGAAUUAUAAUGGCACUGCAAAUAUAAUCCCGCGGUGGUCCACAUAUGUACCGACCGUUACGUAUGUCUGCUCGCCUUUGGUGGAGGACGACUGCCUAUUGCUUGGUGAUCUGCUAUCCCAAGUCCUUUGCGCGUCCCUCCUCUUCAUGGGCCUGUUUGUGUGCUACUUCGGUCACAAGUUCUUCAAAACGGAGAUGUUCAUGUUCGGGAUGCUGAGCGGAGUCAUCAUCACUUACAUACUAAUCUCGCUGAUUGCUGAGAUGGAGCAAGUCCCUCUGAUUGGUGCAUCCUUCCUCUCCGGGAUCCUAUUCGGUUUCAUCUGGCUGACAUUCUGGUGGUUCUACGGCAUUCCUGUGUUCUCCGUGCUUCUGGUCACCUUGACCUUCGGCUUCUUCGCUGCCUGCGUUCUAUACCAUCAAAUUCCGGGUGGCCUGACAAUGCUGCUUGAAGACCUAAACUUCUGGACGCUAUUCAUCCUAGUCAUGCUGCUGACAGCUGUCAUCCUAACACCAGCUACGUACCCAGCGAAUAUCCUCUGCUGCGCUGUGCUUGGCGCGUACGCAGCUAUAUACCCUAUCGACUACUGCUUAGGGUCCAAUUUGAAGUAUAUCAUCAUUAACACUGUGAGACGGGCCACCGUUGACAAGUUUCACUAUGCUGUGCUGUCGCCGCCUUUUGAAAAAAAUGAUGCCCUGCUAAUUCUCCUAUGGGUGAUGCUGGCCAUAACUGGAUUCCUGUUUCAACACUACCAUAACCGCGGGAAACCCCCCUUCCCUCCCCCGCCGAGGAACAUUCGAGAGAGCCCCGAGGGUUACGGCUCUAUCACCCCUUACACACGUUUGGGUGCUGCUUCGGAUCCACCUCUGCGGUCUACAGGCAACCUUACAAGCAACGAAAACACCCCUUUGCUGGCCUAAAAUGGCGCUUAACCACUAUUACUUAAAGCUUAUUUUCAUAGAUUCAUAUUUGAAAAUUAUCGCUAUUUGAUCUCGCCUUUGGACGUAACAAAUUUUUUUUUUACCUUUGAACUGCGUGAUAUGUUGCAGGAUUUUAGAAUUUUGCCAAAAACACUAAUAUGUAAUAUAUAUAGCAAAAGAUUUUUUUAUUACCUACAGUGGGUACUGAACUACUGAGUUAGGGUCUCCCCACACUAUCAAUGCGGAAAAGGCAAAAGCUGAUAGAAAAAAGCUUUAAGUCGCAAUAAUACCAAAAAAAACCGGACAAGUGCGAGUCCGACUCGCCCACCGAGGGUUCCGUACUUUUUAGUAAGUAUUUGUUGUUAUAGCGGCAACAGAAAUACAUCAUCUGUGAAAAUUUCAACUGUCUAGCUAUCACGGUUCAUGAGAUACAGCCUGGUGACAGACGGACGGACGGACAGUGGAGUCUUAGUAAUAGGGUCCCGUUUUACCCUUUGGGUACGGAACCCUGAAAAGAC